AUGCACAGUUCCAAUAGAACCACUCUGGUUACACAGUUUGUCCUGGUGGGCUUCUCUAGCCUGGGGGAGCUCCAGCUGCUGCUGUUUGUCAUCUUCCUUUUCCUGUACUUGACAAUCCUGCUGGCCAAUGCCACCAUCAUGGCUGUUAUCCGUUGCAGCUGGACUCUGCACACUCCCAUGUAUGGUUUCCUGUUCAUUCUUUCCUUUUCUGAAUCCUGCUACACAUUUGUCAUCAUCCCUCAGCUGCUGGUCCACCUGCUCUCAGCCACCAAGAGCAUCUCCUUUGUGGCCUGUGCCACCCAGCUCUUCUUCUUCCUUGGCUUUGCCUGCACCAACUGCUUUCUCAUCGCUGUGAUGGGGUAUGAUUGCUAUGUGGCAAUUUGCCACCCUCUGAGGUACACACUCAUCAUGAACACGGUCAUGGGUUCCUUCAUUGCUUUGGUGGCCACCAACCUCAUCUGUGACAUGCCUUUUUGUGACCCCAACAGGGCCAACCACUAUUUCUGUGACAUGGCACGUGUUAUUAAGUUGGCUUGCACAGACACCCAUGUGAAGGAACUGGCUCUAUUCAGCCUCAGCAUCCUGGUGAUCGUGGUGCCUUUCCUGCUGAUUCUCAUCUCUUAUGGCUUCAUCUUUAACACCAUCCUGAAGAUCCCCUCAGCUGAGGGAAAAAGAAAGGCCUUUGCAACGUGCACCUCCCACCUCACGGUGGUCUUUGUGCACUACGGUUGUGCCUCCAUCAUCUACCUGAGGCCCAGAUCCAAGUCUGCCUCAGACAAGAAUCUGUUUGUGGCACUGACCUACACUGUGGUGACUCCCCUGCUUAAUCCCCUUGUCUACAGUCUGAAGAAUCAGGAGAUGAAGACUGCCCUCAAGAGAGUUCUGGGAAUGCCUGUGGCAACCAAGGUGAUCUAA